AUACAAGACGCCCGGUGCAUCCGUCCGCUCCAUCAUGAUGAACUCGCCCGCUGCACCGUCUCCGCGUCGGUGCACGCUCGGUGCACGCAGAAAGAAUACACCGCUGGCUUGUCGUUGUCAUGUCUCCCGCGGCCGUCAAUGAUAAUGGGGGACCGGCACUCCCCUCGCCAGCCGAGAUCAGGGCUCUCAACCGGCUGCUCAACACCAAGCGUGGAACCAGCUAUAGGCGACCCCCGCCCGUUCGAAUACCUCCUCUAGGCCUGUUUGUCAAGUACGGAGCCGACGUCACCGUCGCAGAAGCCAUCACACAAACCUGGGUGCGAGAUCAGCUCCGAGGGCUCAUCACCGUACCAGAAGUCUUUGGUUGGACGCAAGAUGGAGGCCAAACUUUCAUCUACAUGUCGCUGGUGGAAGGCAUACCUCUCAACCAAGCGUGGACUCGCCUGUCCAAUGAGGCCAAACGUGACGUCUGCGGCGAGCUUCGACAGGCCGUAGCAGCCUGGAGGAGCUUGGAACAGGGGAGGCACGACCAUUACGUUGGCAAGUUGAAUAAGCAGCCACUGAACGACACGAUUCUACGCUAUCGCCCCAAGCUGACGGGACCAUUCCAAGGCGCCGAGGCAGUGCAGCAGCUACAGGAAGCCUGCGACAUUCAUAUUGGCACUGACGAGCAGACUGCCUUCACGCAUAACAGCCUUGUCGCACCCAACAUUCUUCUUUCUCCGGGACCCCAGCCGCAUGUUGCCGCCGUUGUUGGCUGGGGCCAAGCAGGAUGGUACCCAGCUUACUGGGAGUAUUGCAAAGCGCGAUACAUGAGCGCGCAUCCCAGACGUUGGAGUAGCGUUGCUCAAGAGGAGUGGCAAACCCAAUACCUUCCGUCGGUGAUCGACCCCGUGGAUGAUGAAGUCUGUUGGCGCCCGUGGCUUGCAUUUGCACUUUCCAACGCCUGAGUUGGUCACAACUACAGAAUGAAAUGGAUCCGGUCGAUAUCUGUCGAUGCCCAAUCGCUCGAGCUCGCGCCGAUUCCUUACUAAGUUCGAUAAGUUGGGGAGCGCUGUCGACUGUUCGUGGAGGGGGAGUGAGAGGCGGAUAGGAUGGGCGAAAGCGUUACUCUGUAGUCUUGUGAUGUCAGGGGGAACCCUGGAUGCAUGGUUGGUGUUGUGUCUUUGGAACACUUGAGAUGAAGCCUUCUGCUGACAAAGCAAUCGAUCGAUCGCUUGGCUGUAUAAGAUGCCAUGGCGGAUUGUGGCGUUCACAGUGUCAACCGCCUAGGAGCAGACACGCAGGAGGCAUGAGGCGAUUGUUUCCGUCACUCAUGUUGAAUAUCUUUGAAAACGUGGCAGGGUGUCGGAGCCUUUCCAUACCGAGGAAGCCUGCAUGGAUUGUCCAACCUGACCGCUAUAAAUUGUCACAUGAGUUGGGAGUGGCAUGCCUCGCGGCGGCACUGACUCACGAUGCAGGCACAGGCCUAUCCAGCCGAACUUGGUCGUAUGCUUCUCGUAUUCAGUUCGAUCAGCCAGCCCACAGGCCGUGGAGGACGACAAGGUGCCGCGAUGCCUUACAUCAGAGAGUGUGAUGCUCGUCACGGUGGCAGUUUCAGCCACAGUUCGCAGUCAAUGAGAAUGUUCCACGCAGAUCAAUGGGUUGCUGCAAGAUCACCCCUGCCACCGUACCGCUAGUCUGACUUACCUACUAUUCACAGAGAAUUCACAGAGAAUGUAAUAGCGACUUGGCGUGGUCAUCUCGAAAAGUCAUUACAACCAUGAGG